UCCGGACGCCAGCGGUCGGCGAGGCGCGAGUGCCACAAGCGAGAGCGACUGCGACUGCGUGCCUGGCGGUCUCGGCUGCGUGCCGCACGCUUCAGUUCCCCACCGGAAAGAGCGGCCGCACACUUCACCCGUACGGCAGUGCUCUGCUUACGGGGGCGCAGCGUGCCGGAAGCCCCGCCGUUGUUACCGCUACAGGUAGACGGCAAGUGGAGCACCGCGGCACACGCCAGCAUGACGGCGCCGCACGAGGACGACGUCCGCAACGGCAACGUCAAGCAGCCGCCGGAACCACAGCAGGAGCGGGACUUGGAAGGCGGCGGGUGUUGCGCGGGGCGGCGGGGGCGCGCGUGUCGGCUGGCGGCCGUGAUGUUGGUGGUGGGCGCGGCGGUGUGCGCAUGCGCGGCCGCCGUCUGGCUGCUGCUCGGCCCCAUCAACCUGGUGCAGCUCGUGCUGGUCGCCGCCGUCGCCUACCUGGCGGCCAGCGGCGGCUUCCACUGGCUCUACGUCGCCGCGCUUACGGCGCCGAGGGACAUCAAAGCCUUGACAAGAUUCAUCUGUUUGAAGCUGCAAGUGCGUAGUUAUAUGAAGAAGAACAUAUCGAUUGGGGAAAUUUUCCAGCAGCAUGCCAAGAAGCACCCAAACAAGCCUUGCCUGCUGUUUGAAGAAGAGGAAUGGACAUUUGGCCAGGUGGAAGAAUACAGCAAUCGUGUAGCAAGUGUAUUUGCAAGUCAUGGCUUCAAGAAGGGCGAUGCAGUUGCCAUCUUCCUAGAAAAUAGACCAGAAUUUGUCUGCCUGUGGCUGGGCCUCUCAAAAUUAGGUGUUAUUGCACCUCUCAUAAACUUCAACUUGCGCCAGUACCCAUUGGUACAUUCAAUAAAGGCUUCAAACUGUACAGCAGUCAUAUUUCAGAGGGAACUUGCACCAGCAAUUAAAGACAUAAAAGAGAGCUUGCCAGCCAGUUUACAGCUUUACCAGUGGUACACUGGUUCAGCUAGCAGUGAUAUAUCUGCUGCACUUGGGGAGAAAGACCUCCCUCAACUGCUGGUAGCAGCCUCGCCCACACCAACCACUGUGGUAGACAAGCCAGCCUAUGAUGAUCCCCUCCUGUACAUUUACACCUCAGGUACUACUGGACUACCAAAAGCUGCUGUUAUAAGCCAUGCAAGAUUUGAGUUUAUUGCUGCUGCUAUUAGUUGGCUUGCUGGAUUUAAAAGCUCAGACCGUUUCUACACACCUCUUCCAUUAUACCAUACUGCAGGAGGUGUGAUGACCAUUGGCCAGGCACUUCUGUAUGGGUGCACUGUUGUCAUACGUAAAAAAUUCUCUGCCUCGGCAUAUUUUUCUGAUGUGAAGAAAUACAAGUGCACGGUGGGGCAGUACAUAGGUGAAAUGUGCCGCUAUAUUUUAGCUGUGCCACCAAAGCAACAGGACAAAGAUCAUACAAUAAGACUGAUAUUUGGGAAUGGUCUCAGGCCACAAAUAUGGAAAGAAUUUGUUAAAAGAUUUAAUAUUCCUAGAGUGGCUGAAUUUUAUGGGGCAACAGAAGGAAAUGCUAAUAUUGUGAACAUUGACAACACUGUUGGUGCAAUUGGUUUUGUCUCAAGAAUCAUCCCAUCUGUAUAUCCUUUAUCCAUCAUAAAAGUGGAUCCAGCAACUGGAGAACCAAUUCGAAAUGCAAAGGGCCUCUGCAUAGAAUGUGGACCAGGAGAACCAGGUGUGUUCGUAGGUAAAAUAAUUCAUAAUGACCCAUCAAGAGCAUUUCUUGGCUAUGUGGACAAAGCAGCUUCACAGAAGAAAGUGAUACACAAUGUACUGCGAAAAGGAGAUUCUGCAUUUAUAUCAGGUGAUAUUCUUGUAGCAGACAAAUGGGGCAAUUUAUUUUUCAAGGAUCGAACAGGAGAUACAUUCCGCUGGAAGGGUGAAAAUGUUUCUACAACAGAAGUAGAAGCUGUUAUUAGUACUGUUGCUAACUACAGGGAUUCUGUUGUCUAUGGAGUCCAGGUGCCAGGGAUGGAAGGAAGAGCAGGAAUGGUAGCCAUUUUAGAUGAAGAUAGCACCUUAGACCUAAAAGCAUUCGCUGAAGGCUUGAAACAGUCUCUGCCAUCUUAUGCUCGACCUAUUUUUCUCAGAAUUCUAAAAAAGGUUGACAUGACAAGUACCUAUAAACUGAAGAAAAAAGAUCUUCAGGAUGAAGGCUUUGACCCUACAAACAUCAAAGAUAGAUUGUAUUAUCUCUCUUCAAAUGGGACAUACGAGCUUCUCACAGAGGAUGUGUUCUCACAAAUAAAUAAUGGAAAGAUAAGAUUCUAGAAAACAUUUCUUGUUUAAAAGGUUAAACUGCAUGAAGGAAAGAGAAAUCAAAGUUCAGCAAACAUUACCAACUACAGGAUAAAGUUCCUCAAAAGCUGAAUCAGAAUUGCUGCUCGUACACGGAAACUAAAGUUGAUACAUAGUUUAUUUUGUACUUUAAAAUAAUGUGAAAAAUGUGUUAAGUGUUAUCAUCAACACAGACUGAGUGUAAGGUCAAGUAAAAGUGUUUUAUUCCUUCAGUGAAGGACAGGAACAUGAAUGUAAAAUGACUGAAGUUAUCAACAUGCUACAUUUGUUGUAAUAUAUGUCAGUUUUAAGAAUAUAUGGAUUCCUAUUGGUAAAAAGUAAUUUUUUUAAAAUAUCUAACCGAAAUAUUUUUAACAGAAAUCAACACCAGAAACUUAUUUUACUUAUAAGGUUGUUUCUCUGAUGGAAACUAAUGUGUUCAGAGUAUUGUAAAAUUCAUAAACUCAUAGACGUAUGAGGGCUUACAGUGCACAUCUUAAAAGGACCGAGGCAAAAAAUGGUAAUUAAAGACAGAAGGAGGUUGGGUUUCAGACAAAGGCUGAAUGUUUAUAGCUCUAUAAAGAUGUAAAAGAAAGGUGUUAUGCAAUGGAUGUCUUGCAGAAUAUAAGUAAAAGCUUGUAAGUGACUUAAAUCAUGAGAAACAUAGAAUGAAACUUCUUUUGUGCAGCUGGAUGUGUACUUCAACACAAGCUCAUGUGAAGCUGACACUGUAUUCUGUAUUAGAACUGAAACUUACAUCUCUGCCUUCUGUGAACAAAACUCACAUCAACUGGCAGUGAGAUAUCCAAACCCACUUAACAAACUAACUGUAAUGUACAGUGUUCUCACAGAACGUAUAAAGUUUCAGGUUAAAGUUACAGACUGGUACACAAUUUUAUGUACUUUAUACAUAUUUCAUUUAGACUCAGGAGUUUGAAGAAUAUAUAAUUAUUCAUUUAUUUUUAUUUUUAUUAGUGCAAACUAAAAUGGCAGUAUGAAAAUGAAAAUAGUUGUAUAAAGUAGAAACUGACUGAAAAAUUUACAUUCCAGAAACAUUUUCUUUAGAAUAAUUAUGUCAGUCGUUUUUAUAAAGGAGCAAUUGCAUUGUGAUAAAACUGCAGAGUGUUAACAUUAGACGUUAAAUUUUGGUAUACUAUAAAACAAUGCAGGAAAAAUACUGAAAAUAGAAAAAUUUUAACCUAUUAUUUUGUGUAGAAAUAGACUUCACUGUGAGCUGACAAUUCAACAGCAUCUGUUUCACACACAAAUUUUUUCUGUCUUCUUAAUGUUCUUUCUCCCCUCUGUUUGUUCCAUCGUUGUUCUUAAUGUAAUAGCAUUUUUUGAGUCUUAAUUAAUUUAUAUUUUCAUAACAAGCUGGAAAUGAUAUUUCAUUAAUUGCAGUGCAAUUUAAUUUAAUGAAAGAGGUCAUACCAUAGUCAGAAUGACAUACCACUCUGAGAUGUUUAAUAAAUAACUACUACCCUUUUUAAAAUGAGUAGAAAAAUAUGAAAAUGUUAGUUGUUAUUUUUCACUGCCGAUCCUGUUGAUUUAACUUUAUUGUUAGGAAAAUGUGAACUGUUGUAACUGUCUCAUUUUGUACAGUAUACCUUAAUAUUUAGAUACCAGUAAUCCACAGAAAUUUCUUAAUGAUUUGAUCACAAGAGAAAUUUUGUUUACAAAAUUAUUUUGUUUGUCAGUUUUAUUAUAUUAUCAUGACUGGCUCUUCACUUUAUUUCUUUUUUUAUAAAACCAUACAAAUAAGCAGCAUUCCGUGGCCCUCAGUGAAACACAUAAAGCCAUUUUUACUCUCCUCCUGUAUGACGUGCUUCAAACAGUAGUCUCUUUAAUGGAAGAAUGGUUGGAUUUUUUUUUAAUUUCAGCACCUAUUGACCAAAGAGAAGAAAUAGUUAUCAAGCUUCACUGUCAUAAUGGCAGUAUGUUUUAUGUUUUGAUGUAUGCAGAAGUAGGAAGUGCCUUCCUUGGAUAUUACUUCUUAUGUGGGCAGCAUGUUGUUUAUAGCUGUACUUUUCUCUUCUUUGUAAUUUUUAUACAAAAUCAUGAGAAACAAAGACAUGAGUUGGAUAAAACUUUAAAAAUUUAAGAUAAUGGCUUGGAUAUGAAUAUGGAAUUGAUCAUUUUUAAGAUAUGGAAAAGGCUGACCAAUGGAAGUUCAGGAACACUGAAGAAAAUUUGUAACUGAAAAGCUUUUUAUGUGUGGUACAACACUGCAUUGUGUGCAUGUAAAAGCUUUAAUAGUGUUCUUUUCCCCUUCUUUGUAUAACAAAUCUGUUGUGUUUUGUGUGUGUGUGUGUGUUUAUUGUUUUAUGAAGAAGGCAUGUACUUUAAAUGUGGUUACGCCCUUCAGCUGUUGUGGCACAAAUGUUUCAUAUUUCUCUUUAAGUGUGCACGCAGGUACAAAUGUUAUUUGAUAGUGACUUAAUUUUGAGUGUAAAGAAUAGAGAAGGCAGCAGUUAUUUUUAUAGCUUAUUUUUUAUUCAAUAAAAUGUAAACCCAUUA